GUGAUCGGAAAGGAAUAAGUAUCCCGAUACUUACAAUAUUAAUUUUGGAUUCAACAACGGACACCGAGCAGGACUGGGCGUGAUGCCGACCAGGGCUUUACGUUCAGGGGAGGAUUUAGUGAGCGCUUUGGAGAGCUGUACGCGAGAGUUGGGUGGGUUGUGCUUCGGGUUGGAGUUGCACCAGCUUCAGGACGAAAGGGAAGAUCCAGAUGAGGACGUCGGCGUAGAACAGGACACGCUUGCUUCAUUAGAAGAAAUGACGAGUGAAUGUUAUGCUUUGCUCGCUCGCCUUGAGGCUGAGGGGAACGGAGCGGAUGAGAAAGUAGACGGCGGAGCGCUAAGCAGUACCGCUGCAUUCUCAAAUCAAGAAAACAAUCAGCAACAGCUACAGGGAGAGGAGCCAAAUGAUCCUUAUCACCUUGAAGCGGGACUUACACACGAGCUUGACAGUUUUGCAGGAGAGUUGAACAACCUUCUUGCGAGUCUGAGGGUGCCUAGUACCGAGGGAAAUGCUACUGGCGUUGAAACGUUCUCAGCACCAUUAAGUGUAGAUACUGUUAAGUUGCCUGGUGAAGAAUCAAAAUCGAGCUGCACUGACAACGAAGAGAGUACUAACACCGGCAACGCACCAGUCACAGCCAGCGUAGCUACCCGAAUUAAUGUUGAAAAUGGUGAUGCUGGCAAGGCUGACGAAGCGAACGUCGCUGAGCGGAAAAAGCAGAGGUAUACAGACAACGAAGAAAACACCAACAUCGAAACUCCAGUCGCAGCCACCGCUGGAGACGACACUAAUGUUGAAAGUGUUUCUGUUCUCGAUGCCAAUGCAGCACAUUUAACUCGCAAAAACGAGGUUUUCAGUGAGCGAACCAAGAAAGCGAUAGCAUUGCACGUCAAAAGGCUAAUGCUUCAAAAGCAGCGGGAGACACAAACAGAGCAAGAGCGUGUUGCUGGAGUUAAAAUCCCUUGGUCGAGAUUUCAGAGUUCGAGUUUCCAUCAGCACAUCAUGCGCCAAAAGUUUGCGCGUUGGAGAGUCAAGCAGAUUCAAGAUGCCCAGCGCCUCGUUGAGGCUGCUCGCUUGAAAGGGUCAAAGCCGAUAUCGUAUCGACGCUCGAAGCGAAAUGAGGCCAAAGAGAAAGUCUCUGCUAAAUCCGCAACCUACCUGGACAAAUUUAAGCCAAGUUGUGUUCAUAUUGUGACUCCAAAUAAAUACGAGCCCAGGUAUCUCUGUGCCGUCUAUCUGUACGGCCUUCGUCGGCUCGGGACAACCUAUAUCACGUUUAGUUCGCUCGAUCAGUUAGAGCAACGCGUCCGAUCAAGAUUUGAUAUCAACGAAGUCGUAAGUGCCUAUCGGGAAGUGACUGAAGUUGUCAUGCCUGCUUCUGAAUACUACAAUAAGAGAAAACGUCACGUGAAGCGCCUGCAGCGAAUUUCAAGUCUCGAGCAAAUAAAUGACGGCGACACGCUUUGUGUGACCCAGAGCGCCUACGAUGACAUGACUAUUCUAUGCGACUGGAUAAAGCAACGACAGCGAAUCGUGCACGACUUUCAUUACAAAGUGCACCAUCCUACGACAGCAGAGUCAUCAGAAUACAUAGAGCAAAGAUCGAUACCUACAAAAACGAAAGUUAACAGCAACGUGACUAGUAAACCACAACUAUGGGACUCAAAUGGACGCAACAUCGGUGUCAAAGCCAAUCAUGCCAUUUGACAAACACUACCGCGAUCGAAGCAAUCUACAUCUUCGUGGUAAAUUGGAGGGAGAGAAGCUUGGGUGGAAGUCGACCUGGGUACUUGAAGUCCAAAUGAACAAUGAAGAUCUGCUCAACAAUAAUGUUCGAACUCGCUUUGAUAUCGGGAAAUAUUCUGUGAUCUAACUCCGAGAAGUCUUCGAGAUCAGCGCGAAAGCGAACUCCUUAGAUAAGAUUGGAAGUCAGCUCGAUAUAUGCGGCCGAACUUGUGGGGUGCGCUGAAAUCUACUUUUAAUAUGUUCAAGUGGAUGGAAUUUACAAGCUAUCGUUUAUCACACUGGUUUGUAAAUUCCAUCAAUACGAAUCACUCACGAUUAUGGAGUGGAUGUACGCAUUGGGGUCGAAGCAAGCAAUUUACUUAAGUAAUUCAAAAGGACUGACGUCGAAACCUUUUGCUGAAUAUUGAAAACUCAUAAAUGGUGAAACUAAGACUAACCUGUCUUGAACUUCACGACAGCUCCACGAAAUUUGGAGAGAAACGAAACAGU